AUGUCUCUUCUUUAUUAUCGAGUUUUCAACGAGAUAGUUGAUGUCCUUCGUCAACGCAUAGCAGUGAGGAACCAACGACGAAAUGAGCUGCUUAAUCAGCAGCAAAAAGAAGGUGCUGCACAGAAUUCAAUACCUGAUAGUCUUCAUUCACAACGCAUGGCUAAGUGUAAAAAUUGUUGUAAAUCUUUAACAACAUUUAUAUUUUCACGUGUGGGACUUUGUUUACUUGUUGUGGCAUAUGCAUUUGGUGGUGGUAUGGUAUUUCAAUUUCUUGAAGCACCUUAUGAAGGUCGAGUUACUGAAGGUGUUCAACGACGUUUACAUAUAACUGUUGAAAAAUUAUUUAAUACAAGUGAACAAUCAAAAGUUUUAUUUAAAACUAAUUGGACAUCAAUGGCAAGACAAAUUCUUGAAGAAUAUCAACAAGAAUUAGUUCGUCAAACAAAACGUGGUUAUCAAGGUGAACGUAAUGAGGAUGAUAUUAAACAAUGGAAUUUUCCAGGUGCAAUUCUUUAUGCUAUUACAGUUAUAACAACAAUUGGUUAUGGACAUAUUACUUGUAAAACUAAUUAUGGAAAAAUAAUGACUAUGAUUUAUGCGAUAUUUGGAAUUCCCUUAAUGUUAUUAUGUUUAGCAAAUAUUGGUUCAACGAUGGCUGAUGCAUUUCGUUUUAUCUAUUGUAAUGUAUGUUGUUCGUAUUGUAAUUUAGUAAAAAAACGUCGUAAUCUUCGUGCAUUGAAAUCUGUUGAAUUAUCACAUAAUACAUCAUCUUCUCUCCCAACAACAUCAAAUACUCAUUCAACUGUUCUAUCAGAUAAUAUUCAAAGUCCACCAUCAUCAAAUGUGGUUGAAUUUGUUGAUAAUUUUAAUGUUGAUUAUCGUAAACAAACAAUACCAAUUAGUGUUACACUUUCAUUAUUAUCAUCUUAUUUAAUACUUGGAGCUGUACUUUUUAGUGAAUGGGAAAAUUGGAAAUUUCUCGAUGGUGCUUAUUUUUGUUUUGUUACACUUGCUACAAUUGGUCUAGGUGAUCUUGUACCAGGUAAAUCAAUAACAUCAACACAAGUUGAAGGUAAACUUGUUAUAUGUGCACUUUAUGUUUUAUUUGGUCUAUCAUUAAUGGCAAUGUGUUUUAAUUUAAUGCAAGAAGAAGUACGAGCAAAAUUUCGACGAUUAGGAAAUAAACUGGGUAUUAUUGAUGAUCCAAAUUUUUGGUAA